GUUCACGCGCCUCUCAUUGUUCGUCAUUGCGAUUGUGUCCGCGUAAUCCCAUCUCGAAGUGACCAUAUAUGGUCCUUCCCACUUUGGAAACUGUUUGCCUGACCCUGUCGAACAUUCGUCCAUACUUCGGCCCACACCUUCAUAUGCUGCUUUCGCCCGACCUCCCAGCAGCGUCUCAAGUAGCAGCUCCAUCGCUGACAGAUCUUGAACGCCACUCAACUGCGCAGAAGCCUUGAAGUCCUGCCCGAAGAUCCAUAUGUCUCCAUCAAAAACUGCAGGGUAUAGGCUUUUCAUUUGUCGGUAGGCAGCGACACCAAAUGUAACAACAGAAGACAAGGGCCAGGCAACAUAUCGUUUUAUUAUGAAAAUCAACACGUAUUUAUACAUCUUUCAACUACAUUAUUAUAGACAAGCGCAGU